AGUGUAGACGACUGUACAAAUUAAAAACCCUGACCUAAGCAACCAAGAUUUCCCGAUUACUAAUAACCCUCGACUACAACUGAAGUUCUGUACUUUAUGUUGUACUACAACUCUUAUCAAUCUUUCUGAGUCUAAAUAGACAGAGAAAAAAAGAUCCUUAAAUCAAGGGGUGAACAUGGCGCAAGAGAGUCAGAAAAGAGGAAUUGAAGAAACGGGUUGUCAAACACCCAACUCUCCAACCCUUUGUGCUAACAAUUGUGGGUUUUUUGGAACUUCGGCGACCAAUAAUUUCUGUUCAAAAUGUUACAAAGAUAUCAUUUCGAAGCAAUCCAAUCAAAAAGCUCCUGUCGUUUCAAUUGUUACAACUGAGAAGAAGGAUAAUGUUGAGGAGGACCCAAUUAUCGGUGAAGCGGAGAAGAUUGCGACUGCAAAUGCAAAUGCAAAUGAUGAAGGUGAAGCGACCACCUCUGAAGAUCCGACGAAGAAACUGGCUAACCGUUGCAGUUUCUGUAGGAAACGUGUUGGACUCACGGGAUUUAAAUGCCGGUGCGAACAAACAUUUUGUUCCGUUCAUCGUUACACGGAUAAGCAUAAUUGUAAAUUCGAUUACAAAGGUGCAGCGCAAGACCAGAUUGCCAAAGCUAAUCCAGUUGUCAAAGCAAAUAAGAUUGAGAAGAUUUGAUAGUGGCAAUGCAGCAGAGCAGGCAGAGGUGUAGUGAAAUGUCUGUGAUAUUGUUUAAUACAAGGAGUACUGGCUUAUCUAUAAGGUAGAUGGAUAUCUCUUUCCUUUUCGGAAUAAAUCUAUGUAUCUACCGGGAGUUUGAUGAAUAUGUACAGUUAGGUUUCAAUUGGAAGUUAUAACAUUUAAGGUUCUCUAUUUUCUUGUUCAUACUAGUAACUCUCUGGAAUAUCAGUGUCUUUUGGUUC